CAGUUGAUUUUCUUGGCGUCUAGACAUAGAUAGAUCCAAAGGCUUAUGUGUCUUGAGCUAGGAUUUGAACUUAAUUCUACAUAUUUUAGCAUUUUAGUCCAGAAAUUUAAAUAACUGAUGAACACAAAAUACGAUAUUUUUGGCGGAAUUUGAAGCGAUUGGUAGUAUAUCUUUACUAUCUAACUAAUUAGUAAAGCCUAGCCUAGCUAGGCUAGGCUGGGGCUACCUUUCUUGCAUGCUUGUUGACUGCUGUUGGGUUCUUUCUAUUUGACGGGGCACACAGGAGAAUGUGGUGAUCGGUGAAAUUGCAAGUUGCAAUCACACUCGAGGAGGCUCCUAAUAUACCCCUUUCGGUGUUUAUAUUUUCCUGGGCGGAGACGCUGGCGGCACACUGCACUGGCACUGAGUGUGAUUCCCAAUAUAGUGAAAAUGAAGAGUCAACAAGUGUUUGAAAUAUUAAAGAAGGCCCAGAAUCCUGAUGAGGAAGUAACGGCUCUUGAUUUGAUAAUUAACCAUUUAUCUUGCAAUCAAGAAUGUGACAUCACAAUUCAGGAUUUAGAGCUGCAGUGGUUAGCUCACGCUGGAGAAGAUAUAGAUGAUAACCCUUUCCCAGCAAUUACGCCCGAGACCUUCCUGCCAGUACAGGAGGACCUGAAUCAGUUCACAAGCUACGUGUUUGAACGUCGGUUUGGAUGGUCUGAGGCUAGAAAUGAUGAGAGGAUUCCAGAUUUGCCAUUACAUGCUUCAAGUUCCAGACAGACUGGAGCAAAGAGCAUGACAGAAAGAAUUGCAAAGGGAAAACUCAAUGAAUUUUUAGAUGAUUUUAUUAAAUGGUAUAUGUCACAGCAGCUAUCCUCUGAAAUACUCAAAAGUUUUGUAUAUACAGUGUCACAAUCAAAUAACAAACCAGUGGUACGCAACCAGACUGUCAUGCAUGUAAUGGAAUGGUUUAAGUUGCGAGCCGAUACUCCACAGCUUCAUGUCAACUUUGACCUCAUUCGCCACUUGAUCCUUCUUGGCAUCAAGGACAUCUGGUCUGCUAUCAGAAAUGUCUGCGUUUCACGAAUAUCAACCGUUGUCGAGCGAUUCCAGAUUUCCGAGUUGCAGGUGUUCUUCAGGGACUUGACUCAGAUUUGUGAAAGUCCUGAAAGUACAUGGCAAAACAUAGAGGGCGCUCUAAUGGCAAUAAAUUCUACCUUGAAACGUUUUCAUUGGAUGGGCAGUAUACCAUCCGAACAACCACUUCAUAAGUCGCCCAUUAGUUCAAGUACAUAUCUAAAGUUUGGACGUUCCCAGUUAAAGCAACUACCUGAUUUCAUCACAGGCAAAAUGCAUUCCAUAAUUUAUCCAAUGCUGGCGCACCCACAGCUAAGUGUUCGAGAGCAAGCUACCAAGGCUUUUUCAACGUAUUUAUAUAGGUGUGAAUUUAAGGAAGCCCUGCAGUCUUUCAAGGAAGCAUUAGCACACUUAUGUGAUGGUACAGGAAUCACGAUAGCAUUUGAUGAAGAAGAUAAUUAUGUGCUAAGCCAGGGCCUACCUCACCAUGCUGUACUGUGCAAGGACUACCAAUUCUUGGAUGCUUACAGGGCAGAAGGCCUUCUUGGAGUCUGUAUUUAUCUUAUCAAGCACAUUCCACCUGGCUACCUUCUACCCAGUUGGCCAUUAUAUUUCUCAACAUUUAAUUUGUACUUAAUGCACCCAGCAUCAACAGUCAGGCAGGCAGCCAGUGCAGUCUUUAAGUACCUAGUUGCCAAGGACAAUAACAAUCCCAGCCUUCUAAAGCUGGUCUUACAAGGUCUAUGUGCUGGCUGGCCAAUUGAUCUUCACCAGCUUACAGAUCUUGUACAUCCUAGCCUACAUAUCACCAGCAGGACUCUUCCAUUAAAUGAGAAGGGAGAAAAUGGCUCCGGUGAUCAGAACAUCAAUGAUGAGGGAAGUGCAGGGAACCAUAGCAAAAAACCUCUUAGCAGGCAAAGCAGUUCACCAUGUAAAUCAAGGAUGAUCAACAUUAGUACCGUCUGUAAUAUGGAAUUAGAACCUGGCUGUUUACCUGAUUCUCUGCUAUCAAGAUCAUGGGAAUGGAGGGAAGGGCGGCUGUUUGCUUACGAACUCAUCAUAAAGUUUCUCAUCAUCAACCACAUUCACUACCUAUUUCCAUCUUAUGCUCUACCACCCUCAAAGUUUGAUGGAACAGCAUCUACGGAUGAUGCUAUGACUCCCAGUCAUCAAUCCUCACUUGCCCAGGGCAACCAGAUUAAAGUGAAAAAAAGCUAUAGUCACGGUGGUGCCUCACUACAACAGAUCUGGAAAGAACAUGGCAUUAAUAAGGCAAGACAUGCUGUGAGUGAGGACAUUUCCCCUGAAUCUGUAAUACCAGUUGAGGGCGCAAUUGGAAUGAUGUCAAAAAGUUCUCCUGAGAAGAGUACUAUUGAUGUAGAUAGUAUGGUGUUUACAAAGACUGACAGUGAUCAUAAGAAGAGAUCACUGACUGAAAAAAGAGCCAAACUGAAGCCGUUAAUGUCCUUUCCAUGUGUUUUUGACAUGCAUGCGUAUAGGAAGAUGUUGCAGAGAGCUCAGACGUUAGCUGAUGGUAGGUCAUUCAAACCAACAGACAUCCAGAAAUUCUCAAGUCCCACUCGUCAAUGCAAUGCACCAGCCUCUCUGCUCUCACAAACUCUAGCUCUUGAUAAAGAUAUUGCCGCCACAUCUGAUGAGUCAAAGCCAUCAUUUGAAGCAUGGUCUGUGAAGGACCCGAUCAGUAACCUGACGGAUUUGGUAGCCAAUGUCGAUAUUCCCGAUGAUGUCAUUUUGCUCAAGUCCUGCUUUACAAUGGUAAACAGUGACCCAACAAGUACUCAGCCAGAUUGGUUGAAACAUGUUCACCUGGAGGAGUUUUCAUCCAUCUUAAAGCAGAUCUUGCUACAGACGAUUCAUUGCUUAGCCAACACUCGCUGGGAGUUACGACGCAUGGGAGAACAGACGUUACCUUUGAUUACUGAGUGCAUUCGAUGGUAUGAUAUGAACAUUCUAAGGCAUCUGUGGGACUCAUGGUUCACACCUCAGGCUACCUUGAUAGGCUAUGGUAUGGGCCUAGCUCUCAAGUACUCCAUCCACCAUGCUGUUAGGCUUAUUUUCUUUCUUGAGCAACCCCCAGCCUCUUGGAAGAACCCCGAGAUGUGUCGUUACAUUGCAUCAUCCAUCGUUGAUGUCACCCAACAGGGUUUGUCCACGUGGAGUGAUAGUGCGCUACAGCUACUAUCUCGACCAGUCACAGACAAGCUUUCCGUGAUUGCCAUGGAGAUUCUCAUUCUUAAGCAAAGCUAUUUCCCACAUAUUCCUGCAAAGAAGCAGGAGGAAGAGACCAGCAUAGUCCAGAGGCUCCAACACAUCUUUGUUUGGGCACACCCAGGACACCAAAUAUCCACAGUCUUAAAAGACGACAGUGUUAAGACAUCAUUCCAGACAGUUACUGAGGGAUUUCUUUGUUGUUGUAUCAAAGAUUCCUCACUAGAAUCCUACCCACGACAGGUUGAAAAAUAUCUGUUAACUGAAAUAUAUAGCCUACUGCCCUUAUACAUGAGGACUUGUAGCUUGUCCUUGGCCAGCCAGAUACUACCAUUGUUCCUAGGCUUAGCAGGCAACUACAGCGAGGAUAUGAGCAUGUGUAAAGGUCUUUUAGACAGCUGUCUAUCAGUUGCGAUAAUCAUGGAAGACUGGCUUCACAGGCAGUGUUUGACCAAGGCACCAUUAGAGUUAGUCUCCUGGUACCAGAUGGCUCUGACUGAAAUCACCAACAUUGUCAAGUUAAAGACUUUGGAAUUGUCAUUAUUGAGGCAGGUUUUGGAAUUGUACAUCAAGAUUAGCAGUUUUGUAGGCAGUAAAGACAAUAUAAAUCAACUUUUCACAGCUAUCACAGCUAGACUAGAUUUGUUAAUAACCUUAGGAGGGACAUGGUCUGGUGAGGAUUUGUCGACAUUUGAUGACUUUGCAUUCAUGUCUAAUGAUAUACCUGUGAGUCCAGUAGCAGAGGACCGCAGCUCGGAUGAAGAUGAGGAUGACUCAGUGGGUGACUUAGUUCCUGAGUCAUUGGCCCUAAAUUCAAACACCAGUGGAACCCACACACCCCAUCUGUCCACCAGUGACCACGAGAUGAGAGCAUUGACACCUACAGCUGGGGAUGAAGAUGAUUCAGGCUCUGAAUGGGACAGUUGGGAGGAGGAGGAAGAGGAUCAGUCUGUCCUGUGGUCUGUCUUCGCAGAAUUCUUGCAGAAAUUGAAAUCAAAUUUUACUGAUCCAAUGUCAACUGGAGAACAAAGUGUUUUUCAUGAUAACCUUUUGAUGGCCACUGAAAAGGAAAGGCAAUUAAUAAACAGCCUUAUGGACCAAUGGAUGAGAAAUUGAGUACUGAUUGAAAACAGAAGAGUGUACCAUAAUGCUUGCUACAGCUGUUAAAGAAUCCGUCCUUUACAAUACAAUACACUACAAUAAUUUAUUUCAACGUGAUUAACUUUUUGACCAAACUUUGAAAGACUGUAGUUAUAGAGAGUGUGAAGUUGUGGUGUAAGUCUCCCUCAACAUUUCUAACAUUCUUAUAUUUUUAGCAAAUAUAUUUAUAUGAAUUGUAAGUUGAUAUCUAUGUGUGCUAUUUGUACUCACUACUACAAAUCCUUUGUUUUUAUGUUAAUCUCUGUCCAGACUCAAAAUUUUCUUUGUCAAAGCUGUUGUAUGCCCAUAUAUAGUCAUGAUGACCUAUAUAUGGUCAUGAUGUGAUGUCAUCAUGACCAUAUUUAUGCAUGUUGCAUGAUUUUGUCAAAUAGAAUUUGAUAAGGCUGGAUAAGGCUUUUAGAAAAAGUGUGUAUAAUGACUGUUAGGCUAAGGGAAAACAUGAGAAAUUCACUUCAGUACUUGAAACGACGACUUUGUAAAUGAAAUAUUAAUUUAUUAUUUAAAUUGAAAAUUCCCUUGCUUGUUAACAAGUGCAUAAAUAUUCUUGCAUGUGUAUAGAUCUAUAAAAGGUAAUAUACUUAAGGAUUGUUGUAGUAAAAUGUGAAUAGAAAUCCACAAAAACUGAUAUUAAAAAAAAUUAUUUUUAUGUGUUUCAUUGGGAAUCAAUAACAUAUUACAGGUCUCAUUCUUAUUAAAGACCACCCCCAAAUAAGGAUGACUUUUUUGUGAUCCCCAGUGGCGGAUCCACAACUUUUCAAACUGGGGCGCACAACAUCUCGGAAUAGAUAAGUGAGUAGCUUUUAUUUCAAUACAUUGGUAACAAUGGUAUGCAUAAAAAUUUUUAAUUUAGUGGAAAAUCGUGCCCUUACUGGAUCCACGCCAAAUCCCAUAUGUUUAUAUUUGUUAUAUUUACAGAUCAAAGCUACUAAAAACUUUGAUAACCCUGAUCCCAGAAGUGGUCUUUAUUUGAUGGGAGAUUUGUAUCUCCUAAAUGAUCAAUUCAGUUAUUAAUUUAUGUUAUGUUGUUUAAAUUUCAUCACAAGUUAUAUCCAAAAUAUUGUUAACAAGUACAGAUAAAUCUAUAUUCAAAAUUGAACUUUGCUGAUUUCAUGGUGAAAAGCAAUGGUUGUUUCUAAAUUACAUGUAUUGUGAAAUACUAUUAAUUAUCUCCAUAGUAUUGCGACUUAAAGUUUUGUGAACAGUGUUAAGAAUGUGACUUACCUCGUAGGUUAGGAAUUUCUUGUGAUUAAUUUCACUCAAAUGGCCAGUCAUACUGUAACUUUGUGAUGGAUUGGCCUGUCCAACAGGUGGGGGUGGGUAAGGAGAAAAUUCAGGUUGGUGCUGGUGGACUUAAAAUAAGUAUAACACAGACUUAAUCAAAGAAAAAUGUUUAAAAUAAAAUUUAGAAGGUUUCUGUCUAAGCAUGAACUUUGAAAUUUGUAGAUGAUUUGUACAUGAACAUACACACACAGUGGCAUAUCUAGGGGCACACAUGCCCCUUCCCCUGCCAAAAAAAACUCUUUCCCCCCCCCCCCCCACAAA